AUGGCAUUUUUGCAAACCUUUAUCGCCCUAGCAAUGCUGCUCGGUAUUCUUAACCAAGUCAUUGCUGAACCUGCGGACGCGACGCCAACGCCAACGCCGACGCCGCAAUUAUGCACACCACUUGGCCAUCCGGACUACGAUUGUAAGGACCCAGUUAUUUGCGAGAAGGACUGGCCUUCAGAGACCGGAAAUUAUGGGUUGGGCAAUCUCACUGUGAAGCUUCGAGCCCGCUACACGCCUUUGCGGAGGAUCAUGUUCAAUGAAACUGGGGUGAAUGUCAUAGUCAGCAAACAACCAAACUAUCAACGUCGUCGAUCAGUCACUACGUCCCAGUCUCAAGGCUCUGGGAAGGGGUUGGAGCCACUUCCGCUUAAGUGCUGUCGACCAACAGUCGAGUGUUUCAAUUUUUUCGCCGACGAGCUCAAGCUCGAAGCCAUCGACUAUACCGGUCGUCUCAUGGUAAAAGAUCUGAAUGACUGGAAGAAAGCAGAAUGUUGCAUGGUCAGAUUCCAAGCGUCAUGCGUAUUUCCUCCACGACGAGAUCAAUGGGUCGACUGGAACGAGCCACCAGAGUGUGCAGACGUCCACUGA